CUUUCCCCACGAAAACGAACUAGUCAGCACCCUAAUAAGCUAGCACCACCAUAUCGGCGAGUGGGAAGAAUAGGACUAGUUCUUACCAUAUCAUAAAACGUAUCACAGUUCAUUAUCCACCUCCGAAGAAAAACUGCUAAAAAAAUCCUCAGAAUACUGUGAGAAUGAUCCUGAGAAAAAUUGGUUACUAAGGCCAAGAUCGGCAACGUUAUCACAUUGGGUAGGAGUAGUAGCGAGGAAGAGGUCAGAUUCAUAUCCCGAGGAGGUAGAGUUCCCUGGCUCCAUUGGAAGACUUCCGAUCAUGGACGGAAUUUGGAGUGAAGCAAGGUCAUUCUCUUCAAAGGUUGUGGACAGAGAAGGAGGGGUGGUAUCCUGGCUGCAGGUGAAGACGUCAAAUUCUAAACCGUGAGCAGCGGCGAAAGUGGGUUCUGCUGGCGACAGAAGCAAAAACUGGGAAGAGAUUGGGCGUUCUUUUUUAAUUGGAGUUGGAGAGCCUGGGCAAAGAAGCGAGAUAUCUGGGAUUUCUUCUGGGAUAUCAUCGAGGGGUCUUUUCGUUGGGGACAGAGACAGAAAGUUACGGUCCAUGGUAGGCGUCAUUGAACGGAAGCUUCUAGUGGGCGAUGGAACAUUUCCGGUACUGAAUCCGGGAGAGGCAGGAGGUGUGAAAGUGAAGACGUCGGGAGGUAAGCCGAAUCCAUCACUGUAUUCGGAAAUCGAGUUGGCAUAGGACUUCUCGCUUGCCGCAAUGCGCGACCUGGUAGCUUCGUCCUGCCCUGGUCUGUGCUUUCGUGGUCUCCCACGUUUGACCACUUUUCUUAUAGCACCCUUAAACGCACCGCUGCACAUGCCUCGUUGUUUAUGUCUUGUUAGGGCAUCCUGACGGGCAAAGCUAUUACCACACUCGCACGGGUAGGGCUUAAUUCCCGUAUGGAUUUUGGCAUGUCGUUUUAGAUCGUGGCCGCGGACAAAACAUUUGUUGCAGUGGUUGCACUUGAACUGUCUAUCCCCGAGAUGGGUCUGGACAUGAGAUUUAAUGUUUUCUUUCCUGCCAAACCUUUUGUUACAACCUCCAUACGUACACACCCACUUUUUGUCGACAUCUGGACCCUCAAUAAACGCAGCAAUGUCGUCAAGGGUGAUACCGGUCUCCUCAAUUGAAGCGUCAAUGUUGGCAUCCAAAUUCAAAUCAGCAAUCGAUACGGGUCUCGGCGACAAAGGCGCCUUCAGUGGUGAUGAACGUGAACUUGAGUUGGCAGUUUGAUUAUAUGCGGGAAUGAGAGGAAUAGCUGGCAUAAUUGGCACUUUUGGCCGAGCGGAGCUUUUGUCGGCUCCUUCGCACUGCGUGCCGCCGGUAGCCUGAUUCUGUGAGCUAAAAGAGGAGUGGACAGGAGAAGACGGUAAGUUAAAAGUGACCGCGGAGCUUUUUGAAUCCUCAUUAUGGUGGAAAGUGAAAUCGGAGAAUACGUCAUCUCCAAAGUCUGGUAAAGGAGUGGUAAAGCUAUCGAAGGAGUUGAAGAAUACAGGAUUGGUUGUACAGGGAGCAUGGUCUCUCUGCUGGGUGAAAUUGCUUCCAACGACCCCUUGCAGUGACCUCGUACGUUGCAUAGACGAGGAACCGCCCAAGUCUACACUGCGCCUGGCAUGUCUUCUAGUUGGCGAUAGCUGAGCACUCUUGGCAUUUUGGAAAAAAUCUUUUGAUCGCCGAAAGGGCGUAGUUGCCGGCGUCAAUGGAAGUGAAUCUUUCUGAUGUUAGCCUUAUUCCCUUACUUUACAGUAUAAAACAAGCAAGAAGGCUCACCUGGCCCUGUCUGCUUCUUUGGAGUGCUUGGUCGUUGGGCUGCAGGGCGUUCGUGAUGCUGAUGGGCGAUAUCUAACUGCGGCAGGCUAGGGCUCAUUACAAGCUGUCUAGAUGGAGGUGCAUAAUGACGUCGUCCUAACACACCGGCGUCGAUACUUGAGCCUCUUCGAUGUGAGUGAUAUUCCCGCAUAUUUGUCUCGACCGCAUGAAAGCUAGAAAUGCUAGAAAUCCCGACUUUUCUGUGUUUUGUAUAUGCUGCCUCUCCGCCCUGCUCGAUGUAUAGUUAUUUCCAGAUUGCAGCAGGAUAUCUAUUGUACCGACUGAUGAAUUCAAGGUAUUCAGUGGGCCCAAAUGCUUUUGCAUACAACCUUUCAAUUAAACAACAUACAGAGGCAAACGGGGAGGGAGUAGGUUUGAACAACCAUGACCUGAGAAAGAUUUGAAGAAGUUUAAGCUGAGAGAGUUAACAAUGUUAGGGCGCGAUUAUCCAUAAUCAUAAUACUUAAUAUAUCGAAUAUCCCACCCACAAACUCUGAAUCGAGAUGGGGAGAAUAUAAAUGGGUCUCUAGGACGGGACCAAACGGGGAUGCAAGAGAGGUUCACCCUUCCAAGUACUCACAAGCUGUAGUAGUAUACUGGAGCGCGAUGAAGCAGACUAUACGAGGUGGUAGAGUAGUAUUGGUGUAAUUCGGUAAUAGUGUAUGAAAAUGGAAAAGAAAAAAAAAAACGGAUUAAAAAUGCAGGAGACUGACAAUGGGAAUUGAAUUGAACAGCUCCGUUGCCAUUGAGCAAUGUCGUUGUCUGGGUGUCGCUGUACAGAGCGAUCUGAGAUCGGUGCUACUCCAAAACAAAAGAUUGUUGGCCUAGCAACGCCUGAUCGGGGUUUAGCGUACUUCAGCCCUGUGGGUUAUUAAUCACGUGAUAUUUCGCUCCGUCCCGAAAGAAUAUCACGUGAGCCACACAACCCUCGCUUCGAUCCAUAUCUCCACGUUGAACAAAUCCAGUCCAGUACUUUGGGAGAAGAACAUCAUCAAGCAACGAUUUGCACAGGAAGGUUGAGGAAGACAACUUGUCGAGGCCUCCGUCAAAAUGCAGAUCUUCGUAAAGACCCUUACGGGCAAGACUAUUACCCUUGAAGUGGAGUCGUCCGACACCAUCGACAAUGUCAAGAGUAAAAUCCAGGACAAGGAGGGAAUCCCCCCCGACCAGCAACGCCUGAUCUUCGCCGGCAAGCAGCUCGAGGAUGGCCGUACCCUUUCUGACUACAACAUCCAGAAGGAGUCGACCCUUCACCUCGUCCUGCGUCUACGCGGUGGUGCCAAGAAGCGCAAGAAGAAGGUCUACACCACCCCGAAGAAAAUCAAGCACAAGCGCAAGAAGACCAAGCUUGCUGUUCUCAAAUACUACAAGGUCGAUGGCGAUGGGAAGAUCGAGCGUCUGCGCCGCGAGUGCCCUACUCCUGAGUGCGGAGCCGGUGUUUUCAUGGCUGCCAUGCACAACCGCCAGUACUGCGGAAAGUGCCAUCUCACCUACGUCUUUGACGAGUCCAAAUAAAUCGAUGGGGAUUUUGGGAGCUAAGGGACUGGGGAAUAAUAAUUUUACCUGGCCCUGUGUUUAGAUUAUUGAACAAUCGAAUUCAGAUACUUUUAACUACUUCUAUGUUUCUGCUUGUUUCAGCUGCACCUAUCCAUCGAACAAAGUGUAAGUAAUCGCAAACGUAUAUAUAUCAUUGCUAUCAUACACUCCGGGUCUUGUUUUCUCCCCGAUUUAUCGCUAUACACAAAAAAAUAGGCAUGAGGUCUCAUGAAUAAAACGUAAGGAACAUGCUCCAACACAAUAUCUCAUCAUCCUUGGUCAUCACAACCCCUCAAGAAAUCUUCACAAAAUGCUCGCAGAACCUGAAAGGAAAGUUAAUAAAUGCCUAACAUUAGGGGAAAAUACAAAGCCAUUCGUAACAUGUUCCUCUAGAUAGAGUGAAGGAUAUCUCUCAAUGGUCAUAUAACACGCCUCCGUCUAAUCAUGGGGGAACUGGGCCCUUAGGUUGUCAUACUGACUCUCCGGAUAUGAUAGAGCAUUUUCCUGUGUAUCCAAAUUCCCGCUAACCCCUUCGACAAAAGUGCCUAUAAGACUUCCUUUGUCCUUCUCCGCGCUCCUGGGAUCCCGAUCACCGCUCGCCUCCCACCACAUGCCACCACCGAGCCCCUUGUUAAUGAUAUAUCUCGUCUUCUCCUCCACCAUCGCCACGGUAUCGUACGAAAUCAUCGUGCGAGUAGAUAAAUCAUAGCUCCAUGAUGCACCGCAGCCGUCUUUCUCAAGGGAGUCCAAAUAUUCCACUGCUCCCGACUUUGGGAGCACUUUGUAGUCCCAAAUCCCCGGCUCAAAGCUGCCGCCACCCCCAUUUCCAUGGAAGGGAGUUCCAGGGCCAUCGGUGUUGGCGAAUGCGCGCCCAUAUAAUGGCAUGCCCAAAACUAUUUUAGAGGGUGGUACUCCACCAACACCAGUGUAAUACUCUAAGGCUGCCUCGGUGGAGAAAGGGGUGGAUUUAGGAUUGGACUUGGAACCGUCAAUGUUUGAUUGAUGACCAGCUAUCUCGUCCCAGCUUCCAGAGUAGUCAUAUGCCAUUAAAUUGUAGAAGUCCACAAGGGUGGUCAUUUCUUGGAGGCGGAGCUUCUCAAAAUUUUGCGGACCUAAAUAAUGUACCCAACAAUAAUAAGUCAAGUGGAGAUUUUUUAGUAACUGAGUAAAUAAUACAUACCCGCUGGGGAAGCGACGGUUAGAAAGAACCUGCGAUCCUUGGCUACUGCAUCAAGCUUCUAGAGAAACAAUAUUAUUAUUAGUAUGGCAAUGGGAUGGCUGAGGUCA